ACAGGAGAAAUUUGAAAAAGAAAAAAAAUACCAAGCAGGGUCCCGCCCACAGCUGUAGGCGGGGUCCAGUUGCCCAAUAACACCUUCCAGUGAGAGGGCGGGCUCGGUUAGGGGCGGGGUCAAGAACCCGCCUGGGUGACUGGCACCCGGCAAGUAUCGCGGGAACAUGGCAGAGGGAACGCUCAUAGCGCUUAGAAAUCACUAUGGUGACGGAAAGGUCGGGAGGCUACUUGGUAACUGGUCUGAGCUCUGAGAGCAAUUGCCACCGCUUUCCUGGAACUUGAGUGAAUACAAUCAAGUGGUAUUUAGCAUUUCUCUGGAACUGGAGACAUGAGACUGAAGAUAUCUCUCUUGAAAGAACCAAAGCAUCAAGAAUUAGUGAGCUGCGUGGGUUGGACUACUGCCGAGGAGCUGUACUCAUGCAGUGACGAUCACCAGAUAGUGAAGUGGAACCUGUUAACCAGUGAAACCAGCCUAAUUGUCAAGCUGCCUGAUGACAUCUACCCGAUAGACCUUCACUGGUUUCCGAAGAGUUUAGGCAUAAAGAAGCAGACUCAGGCAGAAAGUUUUGUCCUCACAAGCUCUGAUGGUAAGUUUCAUCUGAUUUCCAAGUUAGGAAGAGUGGAAAAAAGUGUAGAAGCUCAUUGUGGGGCUGUGCUUGCUGGAAGAUGGAAUUACGAAGGGACUGCAUUAGUUACAGUUGGAGAAGAUGGACAAGUAAAAAUCUGGUCAAAGACGGGGAUGCUUAGAUCAACUUUAGCUCAGCAAGGAAUACCAGUGUAUUCAGUAGCCUGGGGCCCUGAUUCAGAAAAGGUUCUUUAUACAGCAGGCAAACAGCUCAUCAUUAAGCCUCUUCAACCAAAUGCUAAAAUUUUACAGUGGAAAGCCCAUGAUGGCAUCAUUUUAAAAGUCGACUGGAACUCAGUUAAUGAUCUUAUUUUAUCCGCUGGUGAAGACUGUAAGUAUAAGGUUUGGGAUAGUUAUGGCCGUGUGCUGUACGGUUCCCAGCCUCAUGAGCACCCUAUCACCUCAGUGGCCUGGGCUCCAGAUGGGGAGUUAUUUGCCGUCGGAUCGUUUCAUACUUUACGCUUGUGUGAUAAAACUGGGUGGUCAUAUGCUUUAGAGAAACCCAACACUGGCAGCAUAUUUAAUAUCGCCUGGUCUAUUGAUGGCACUCAGAUUGCUGGAGCCUGUGGAAAUGGGCAUGUUGUCUUUGCACAUGUGGUGGAGCAGCGCUGGGAGUGGAAAAAUUUUCAAGUAACGCUAACGAAGAGAAGAACCAUGCAGGUUCGCAAUGUUCUCAAUGAUGCCGUGGAUUUGCUGGAGUUCCGGGACAGAGUCAUUAAGGCGUCCCUGAACCAUGCACACUUGGUUGUUUCUACGUCUCUCCAGUGCUACGUGUUCUCUACGAAGAACUGGAAUACACCACUUAUAUUUGAUCUCAAAGAAGGAACUGUUAGUUUAAUUCUGCAGGCAGAAAGACAUUUUCUUCUGGUGGAUGGCGGUGGUAUCUACCUGCACUCUUAUGAAGGGCGCUUCAUUUCUUCUCCAAAGUUUCCCGGCAUGAGAACAGACAUCCUGAACGCUCAGACUGUGUCUCUGAGUAAUGACACGAUAGCCAUAAAAGACAAAGCCGAUGAGAAGAUAAUCUUCCUCUUUGAGGCUUCAACUGGAAAACCCUUAGGGGAUGGGAAACUUCUUUCUCAUAAGAAUGAAAUCUCAGAAGUUGCUCUGGAUCAAAAAGGACUUACCAAUGACAGAAAAAUUGCUUUCAUUGAUAAAAACAGAGAUCUCUAUAUCACCUCAGUGAAACGAUUUGGGAAAGAAGAACAGAUUAUUAAACUUGGAACCAUGGUACAUACUUUGGCGUGGUGUGAUACAUGCAAUAUCCUCUGUGGACUUCAAGAUACGCGAUUCACAGUAUGGUAUUACCCUAAUGCUGUUUAUGUGGACAGAGACAUUCUGCCUAAAACAUUGUAUGAAAGAGAUGCAAGUGAAUAUAGUAAAAACCCACAUAUAGUGAGUUUUGUUGGAAAUCAGGUAACUGUAAGAAGAGCUGAUGGCUCCCUGGUACACAUCAGCAUUUCACCGUACCCUGCUAUUCUCCAUGAAUAUGUGAGCAGCUCAAAAUGGGAAGACGCCGUAAGGCUCUGCCGCUUUGUUAAGGAGCAAAGCCUGUGGGCUUGCCUAGCGGCUAUGGCAGUUGCUAAUCGAGAUAUGGUUACUGCAGAAAUAGCCUAUGCGGCAGUUGGGGAAAUCGAUAAAGUUCGGUACAUCAAUGCUAUGAAAGAUCUUCCAUCUAGAGAGUCAAAAAUGGCCCACAUACUAAUGUUUAGUGGGAACAUCCAGGAGGCUGAAACAAUACUUCUCCAGGCUGGCCUCGUUUAUCAAGCAAUACAGAUCAACAUUAAUCUCUAUAACUGGGAAAGGGCACUGGAAUUGGCUGUAAAGUACAAAACCCAUGUUGAUACAGUUCUUGCUUAUCGUCAAAAGUUUUUGGAGACAUUUGGUAAACAGGAAACGAAUAAACGAUAUUUGCAAUACGCAGAAGGCCUCCAAAUAGACUGGGAGAAAAUCAAAGCGAAAAUCGAGAUGGAAAUUACGAAAGAACGAGACCGGUCAUCCAGCGGCCAGGCCAGCAAGAAUACGGGCUUAAAGCCCUAAGUGCCAUGCCAACCUCUACCUAGUGCGGAAUAACCAAAGAUGUGCAUGUUUUGUUUGCUUUAAAAAAAAAAGGCAUAAUUUUAAGGCUAGUGGUGUCUCUUGAUGGUAGAGCACUUGCCUAGCAUGCAUGAGGCCCUGGGUUUGAUCCCCAGCCCUGUCAAAAGAAUAAGUGUAUGCACUUUCUGUGUAUUUAAUACUUAAGGUACAUUCAGGAAGAUUAAGCACAAAAUAACUUACACAAUUCCAUCAUUUAUAUUUUUCUAGUCUAAUAAUUAAGAAAAUAUUUCUAUAUGCUUAUCUAUGCCCUACGAGUGUGGAUUACAUUCCAGUUUUUUUUUUUUUUCAUUUCUUUAUUUCUGGUUCUUCAGUAUGAAUAGCUAUUAAUUCUUAUAAUAAAGCCUUGAGUUAUUUACAGUGUAUUUUAUUGUUCAUUUCUACUUGAUAUAUAAAUUAUAAAGUAUCUCCCAUACUUUAUAAAACAAAAGUACAGGAGGAAGGGUUUGAGGAAAAUGUUAUAGUGUAGACAGUUGUAUACUGAAGCUAAUAGUUCAAAUAGAGAAAGCUGGGAGCAGCUCCGAUGCCCAUCAGCUAAAUUAGAUAAAACCAGUGGUAUUCACGUGCAGGGGAGUUAUUCUCUCAAAAGGACUGAGCUGUGGCACAUGCUGCAACAUGGACGGGCCCUGGAGAACUUCCACUAAGUGAAGUAGACUGGACAUGGCACAGACGUCAGUCGGUCCUGCAGCGCUUACCCAAGGCAACUGGAAUAAGCAAGUUCUGGUCAGAACAGAGACAAGAGGACAGGCACUGGAGGAAGGGAACUCAGGAUUGCAUUGUGCAGUUCCUGUUUUGGGGUGAGGGAGUCCUAGAAAUGGGUAGUGGUGAUGGUUAACACUGUGGAUGUUGUAAACCUCUGUUGUCCUCUUAAAAGGAUUCAAAUGGUAAGUUUUCUUUCCAGGUUUUCUGUUGUUUUUUUACUAUAUUGAAAAAGUGGGCAAAAAUUCCUCCCUGACUUGAGAAUAUUUGGGCUAAGCCCUAGAGUCUGAGUUUUCAAAACUCUCCUCACUGGAUGAACCUGUUUGGCUGGCUUUAAUCUAAUGCAUCCCCAAAUCCCCAAAAGCUUUUUAACAAUGCCACAGACAUCCCUCUACAGUGUCCUUGAACCAGCUCUGUGCAUCACAGAGCACAUGAACACUCACAGGGGAAAACAUCGCCCCUGCCCUCCACGGUAACUGCUGAUGCAGGUUUUGUUCAUCAAAAUGCCCGUAGUUCCAACAAGUACCUUUUCUUUUAUAAACUGUUAGACUGCUCAAUUUAAGUCCAGAGUUUGGAUACAUGAAUAUGUUCAAUUCAUGAAAUCUGAGAAAUUGACUUAUAUGUAUUACAUGCUUUCUACAUUGUUACAUUUCAGCGUAAUGUUUCAAAAGAAAAAAUGGCUAAAGGGUUAAAUUUUAUGUUUAGCAUAUUUAUCACAAUAAAAAAGUU